UUACUACGGGUUUUUUUUAAAGAGAUGGUUGCAAGAAACAUACGUACAUAUUGCACGAACGUUGCGCCACUGUAUUACAUGACGGCAAAUUAGGAUUAACUUGCUGCAAGUUUUGGGGUAAUUAAAACCAUGCCAAAUCCAAGCCAUGGGUAGCAUCAAGUUUGGAUUCAUGAACUUUGCUGCGCAAGAUUACUAUACAAUCCAUUUUAAUUAUAAAGAACUUCUUAUGGAGGGUUUUUUCUGAAAUUAAUUUGGAAACCAACCAGCACAACGCAUUUUCAACGUCGGUAAAACAGCAUUGAUAAACAACAAAAUGAAUUAAAACAUGAAAACAAGCAGAAAACACUAGCACACUUGAUGUUAAGGUGGAGUUUUCUGAACAAGAUUACUCUGCAGUUCAUUCACUUAUAACUUCUUUGCCUCAUACACGAAGGCAUUAGCUCACCUGAUAUUAAAAAAGAGUUCUGGAGAAGAGUUCUUUAAAUUCCUUUUUAACCACCAUGAGUUCUCUUCUCUAUAAUGCCAUUGACAGACUCGGUAUUACAGUAGAGUUUGCAGAUCAAGAUUGGUCCAGAGUCCCUUCAACUCCUAAAUUUGUUUUGUGCAAACAGGACAAUAUUUCAGCCUUCUUGUUAAAGGAAAGCAACCAGUUGAUUUCAAAAGCAUUUUCAAUAACAGAGCAAAGUAUUGCAGUCAAUGAGAGAACUAAUCAUAUUGAGACUGAAAACUGUAGCUCCGCAGUAGAGAGUCCCUCUGGACCGAAAACUGUUUCUGAGUCAAUUGAAUCAUCAAGGGCAUCACAAAAAGCGUCAGUAGCACAGAGUACAGUCCCUACUGCUCCCAAAACUCCCCUCUGCAAGCAGAAAAAUGCCUCUGGGAUUUCAAGGGCUGCUUGUUCAUUAAAGAAUUCUAAGCAAUUGAUACCACGUGCACGGGCAAAGAAGAAGGUUCUAACUCCCAAACUAUCUGAUGCUAUAUGGAUAAAAAGAAAUAUCCCCAAAAAUAAACCCAGGUUAUCAGCAGCUUCAAAAAAAAAGAAAGCCAUGCUAAUGGCUCAUGGGCUUCCUGAACAGAUAGCCACUGACCUAUGUGUAUUGACCUUGACUGAUCUUAUUGAGAGGACACCUUCAUUAAAAGCGGUGUACCCAAAUAUACAAGCUGAACAUCUGAAACAGGUUUUGCAGGCAGUAAAUGGUCCGAAGACGCAAAUCGGAUUCGGCACAGAUAAACCUAACCCCAUCGAUACUGCACCUUUGCGCGUAGGAAUUCAGAACUCUGAACCCAUGAUUAAAGAGCAAAUGACAAAGGUCCAUCGCCAUCUGAUUUUAGCUAUCGCUGAGCAGUGGAAUGACGGCAGUGGGCCAGAAUUUUUGGAAUUUAAGCACAUGGACGGUUGGAUCAUGGUAACUUGCGUAGAUCAGCGUAGUAAGGCUUGGCUCUUAGACGAAUUGCAGUAUCUAGAGCCCUGGCCGGAAUCGCAACUCUCGAUUAUGCCAGAGCGAAAAUUGCCGAAAGUAAAUACAGCAAAAAUUAUUGCGUUCAUCCCCGGGUCAGAGGCAAGUUCUGUCCCAGAAGCUCUGGAACUUCUCAAAGCACAGAAUAAGGGUCUCAACACUGAGCAAUGGACAAUAGUUAAUCAGAAGUUAGAAAGUGGGAAGAGUUGGACUGUAACUUUCGUCAUUGACGAGGCAUCACUUAAGACACUGGAAGCUCAGGAGUGUCGGGCUGCUAUAGGCUUCUCGACAAUGAAUUUUCAAAUCAUUCCAGAAGCUGACAUCCAUAUUAAACCCGAAAAUUCCUCAGCAGCUCCCCCAACGAUAGGUUAUAUAAAACAUAUGCUUCAAGAUGCCAAAGACAGGAUUGAAGAAAUGAAACAAAAGAGACUUUCCGAUAGAAGAUCUAGAUGGGGCAGAUGGGAUGAGCCGCCGCCAAGCGUACUCGAACUACAGAGGAUGUUAGAAGCUAAGAACAGGAAUACAGCUCAACCGAUCACCGAGGACUUACGCCGGAGGGAAGAGACUUCAACGUCAGCUACAGCUCAAGUCUUUAGUACCCCUACUGCGGUUGCCCUAGACAGAAAAGCAAUGGGAGGCAUCACAGUAAUACAACAAAACUUUCCUGCUUUACCAGCUCCAGCUAAUCUCGGUGGAUUUUCUGCUCACGCAACUGGAAGAAAUCCACAUAUGGUGCCUCAUAGUAUGGAAAUUCCAGGCUUUGGUGUCCCCAAUGCGGCUGCGCUGGGUCGAAUUGGGACAGGAGGUGUCACAGUACCACAGCAAAAUAGCUUUACUGCAGGAUGCGAAAUAGGAACUAAUCUCGGCGCAUUUUCUGCCCAGGUAACUGGAAGAAAUCCAAAUAUGAUGCCUCAUAGUAUGGAAAUUCCAGGCUUUGGUGUUCCCAAUGCGACAACCCUGUGUGGCAUUGGGACAGGAGGUUUCAGAAUACCACAGCAAAAUUGCUUUACUGCAGGAAGCGAAAUAGGAACUAAUCUAAACGCAUUUUCUGCCCAGGUAACUGGAAGAAAUCUAAGUAUGAUGCCUCCUAAUACGGUAAUUCCAGGCUUUGGUGUCCCUAAUGCAGCUGCUACCAUGGGAGAAAGCGGGAUAGUAACACAACAAAAUAUCUUUUCCGCUCCAGAUAGCCAAACGCAAGAAAUUGACUACUUUCUAGGCCCUGGUGGAGGCUCUCAGUUUGUUCAGAAUCAAAUGACGAGUCACAACUCUGUCAACUAUGGUGGUGUGCCCUUAGGCCAAAAACUGAGUAUAGGAGUAGGCGAUGCAGCUUAUCAACAGAACAUAGCCCCUGCAACAUACCCAUACUCAAAUCCACCGUACUAUAUGAAUUGUUACCAAGAUUCCCAAGCUGCGAUGUCUAUGCUUAACCAGAAAAGUGGUCAGCAAGGCCCAGUCGCUCAAUCAUCGAGGAACAAUAAUGGAUCCGAAAGGGGCAUGGACUCCAGUCCAACUAAAGAGCUUUCUGAAGAGGGAUAUAGAUCAUGGAUCAUAGAGGAAACCAAAAGAUUUGACUCAAAUUUGGAAGACCACAGCUCUCUGGCAUCUACAGGAGCAUUGUCACCAACACCAUCGCCGCCAACACCACCACCACCACCAACACCAUCACCACCACCACCGCCAAUUAUAAGCAAUUAUCGUGCCCCAAUGGACCAAGAUCCUGAUCGCUGGUCUCCAUUUGAUCAGAAUAGUAAGGGAACAUACCAAGACAUGCAUUCAAGAUCAUACAUGGAACGGCUAUCUACUCAAGCUAGGGAUCUAGACUCUCCUAAUCAUAGAAGGCGUUCGUAUGAUCGAGAUAGUAUUUCAAGAUUCGAUAGGCUACAGUCGCCUCAAGCUGAGAGCGAUAGAGACAUUAGAGACUCGGAUAUCGAGGAUUAUGAAAGUUACAAAAGAAGCCAGAGCAUUAGAGAAAUAAAAGAGGAACAGGUCAGUCUCUCACAUGAGUUUAGAUCGCCGGAGAGACGAAGUGGUUGUAAACACCAAAAUAUCGAGGACUCGGAAAGCUAUGAAAGUAGCUGGCGUAGUACGGAGAAGAGGAGCGAUCGGGACGUACAUUCAAGACCAAAUAGGCGACAGUCGCCUCAAGCUGAGAGCGAUAGAGACUCGCAUAUCGAGGAUUAUGAAAGUUACAAAGGAACCCAGAGCAUUAGAAAAAUAAAAGAGGAACAGGUCAGUCCCUCACAUGAGUUUAGGUCGCCGGAGAGACGAAGUGGUUGUAAACACCAAAAUAUCGAGGACUCGGAAAGCUGUGAAAGUACCUGGCGUAGUACGGAGAAGAGGAGCAAUCGGGACGUACCUUCAAGACCAAAUAGGCGACAGUCGCCUCAAGAUGAGAGCGAUAGAGACUCGCAUAUCGAGGAUUAUGAAAGUUACAAAAGAAGCCAGAGCAUUAGAAAAAUAAAAGAGGAACAGGUCAGUCCCUCACAUGAGUUUAGGUCGCCGGAGAGACGAACUGGUUGUAAGCACAUAAAUAUCGAGGACUCGGAAAGCUAUGAAGGUAGCUGGCGUAGUACGGAGAAGAGGAGCGAUCGGAAUGUACCUUCAAGACCAAAUAGGCGACAGUCGCCUCAAGCUAAGAGCGAUAGAGACUCGCAUAUCGAGGAUUAUGAAAGUUGCAAAGGAACCCAGAGCAUUAGAGAAAUAAAAGAGGAACAGGUCAGUCCCUCACAUGAGUUUAGGUCGCCGGAGAGACGAAGUGGUUGUAAACACCAAAAUAUCGAGGACUCGGAAAGCUGUGAAAGUACCUGGCGUAGUACGGAGAAGAGGAGCAAUCGGGACGUACCUUCAAGACCAAAUAGGCGACAGUCGCCUCAAGAUGAGAGCGAUAGAGACUCGCAUAUCGAGGAUUAUGAAAGUUAUAAAAGAAGCCAGAGCAUUAGAGAAAUAAAAGAGGAACAGGUCAGUCCCUCACAUGAGUUUAGGUCGCCGGAGAGACGAAGUGGUUGUAAACACCAAAAUAUCGAGGACUCGGAAAGCUGUGAAAGUAUCUGGCCUAGUACGGAGAAGAGGAGCGAUCGGGACGUACCUUCAAGACCAAAUAGGGGAUCGCCGCAAUCAAGGAGUGAUUAUGAAGAUAGAGAGAUUAUGGAGGCUAUAUGGAGCCUACUGGAAAGGAGUGAUCAGAGCAGAGCCUUAAGCCCAGACAGAAGAUCACCGCAACCAAAGAUAGAUUCUAGAACCCGGAAUAUCGAGGGCUCUGAAACCAAUGAAAGGAGCCGGAGUAGUAGAGAGGAAACAGAUGAUUUGAAUAGAUCCUUAAAAUCCGAAAGAAGAUCACCACAACCAAUGAAAGUUUAUACACCCCGGAAUAUCGAGGGCUCUGAAACCAAUGAAAGGAGCCGGAGUAGUAGAGAGGAAAAAGAUGAUUUAGACGGAUCCUUAAGACCAGAUAGAAAAUCCCCGCAACCAAGUAGAGAUCAAGAUUAUACACCCCGUAAUAUCGAGGGCUCUGAAACCAAUCCAUUGAACCAGACUAAUAGGGAGGAAUUAGAUGUUUUGGACAAAUCCCUGAGACCAGAUAGAAAAUCACCACAACCAAGGAGAGAUUAUACACCCCGUAAUAUCGAGGGCUCUGAAACCAAUCAAAUGAGCCAGAUUAAUAGGGAGGAAAGAGAUGUUUUGGACAAAUCCCUGAGACCAGAUAGAAAAUCACCACAACCAAGGAGAGGUUUUAGACCCCAGAAGGAAGAGGAUGUUCGGGACGGAUUCCCAAGACUACAUAGAAGAUCGCCUCAACCUAGUAGAAAUAUCAGACCCCGGAUUAUCGAAAGCUAUGAAACGACUCGAAUUAGAAGGGAAAGGUUAAUCGAUCGGAACAGACCAAGGUUAAAUAGACCAUCUCCAGUGAGAAGCGGUUUUAGACGCGAGAAUAUUCAGGACUCUCACGCUAGGUUCCAGGAUAGGAGGCGAGAAGGACCAGGAACUUGGAAUAGGGGAGAUCAGAGGCCGAGAGAGAGGGAUGGACAUGUUCGAGACAGGUCUCCAGUCCCGUCAAGAUCAACAGCAAAUCCGCGUGAAAUCCGGAGGCCCGACAUGAGGCCGCGGCGGUAGUCACACAUCAUCGGCGGCGUGCUCAUGUAAGUUAAUAAGCUUAUACACUUGUUAGUUUCCUUUCUUUUACAUUUUUAAGCAAACUACGUACCAUUAAUAAAAUAUUUAGCAAU